CUCAUUUUAGUGUAACUGUUCACGAUUUACUGUUUUCAUUCUCGUGGAAACCUUUAUUAUGUAAAGUUCAAAAUGAAGAGUUAUAUUUUGUUACUGAUGUGCUUACUGUUAUUUGUCAAUUAUGCUAAUCCUAAACAAUGCACGUCGUGUUCUGGAAAAAACUGCAAUGCGCAAAUAACAGUGAAAAUAUGUUCAACAAGCGAAUCUUCAGUAGAUGAUAAUAUAUUUAAAGCUAACAAUCCUGAUGUAAUUUGUAUUUAUAAGGAAUAUUUAGAUAAAGAUAUUACAUUAUCUCAAGAAGAAAUGUUUUUGAAAUGUGUAUGCAAGUCAUUCCAAGAAACCGUAGUUGUGUACAUAUGCGACGUGCCUUCAAAUCAUUCCUUAAUUCAGUACCUGAAAAGUUUCUCCUCUACACACGCAGAAAAAUAUUCCGCUAAUAAACUUGAACUGAAACAAGCACUAAUAAAGGACAAACAAAAUAAAAUGUUCGUUACAACAACGAGUUCUUCGAAAUCACAUUUACGAUUUUUACCAAAAACUGAUGAAUCUUUAAAUGAAACUUAUCAUUCAUGGAUAAUUCUUCGUAAAAUACCGGUACAGUCUCAAAAUGGUAUUUCGACAACAGAAAAAAUAAAAGGACAUGCACGUUCUGUAGAACAUAUUUUUCCAAGAAAUCCAUGGCAACCAAUAGUAACAACUACAAGAAACUAUGGUAUAGGUAUCAGUGAAGGUAUUGUCGAUGACCCCAAAAAGUUUGAACGUGAUUUAAGUUCUUCACCAGUUGUAACGAAUCCCAUGUAUGAAUAUUUAAACGCAACAAUUAACUGGAACUCAUUGGUGGAAAAGUCAACUACGUCACAUUAUUGGCACCAUUUGAUGGAAAAAAGUAGAGAAAUUACAACAAAUAGCGUACUCGAUUUACCUCUAAGAGAAAAUAUCUCGACUCCAGAAUCUUCAACAUCUACUUCUACUUUUUCAACCGUUAACGAACAAAUAACCAAUCUGUCUUGGAAUAGUUGGUACCGAUGGCAGAUGGAUUUAUUGGAGAACCAAACAAAUGGACUGGACACUUUAUUAAAAGAUUUAGAUUACACUACAUCUAAUCCGAUCACACAAACAAAUACUACUGAAAAUAAACUAGAAAAUUCUCAAAAUGGGGCAGUAACAAAUAACGAUAUUGGUUUAAAUACUGUUCUUUCAACAACAGUAAAGCCUGAAUUAGCCUUUAAGAAUUUUUUACACGCGAAACUUCCGAAUUUUCAUGAUUUAAAUAAAACCGCGAACCGAUUUAAAAGAAAUGUUAACUCGAAUAAGAAGCGGUUAGUGAAACCCAAAAAAAUCCAACAUAACAGGAUAAUAACUUCCUCAGCACCGCCUUCACCUUCUUCCGUCAAUAAAAUAAAUAAACUCAAUUUUUAUAUACAGGCUUUAUUUAACGAAUCAUUAACAACGCAAAGUCCACAUUUGGAUCCCUUAGGUAAAUUUGUGAAUUUAACGGUAAUUUCUAAUAAUACCAAACAUUCCGAAUCAAUAACGACGACACAUUCAUUAAAUAUUAAUGGUAUGACGAUAACUACUAAGCAUACACCUGAUAUUUUAGAUUUUGUAUUUCCAAAUCAAUUAAAUUUAUGGUCUCCUAAUGAUGAUGAUGAUAACGAUGAUAACGGUAUGGUAGAGAAAGAAUCCCCUCCACAAAAGACUACACUAUCAAUAAAUGAUUACAUAGGUCAUCUAUUUACUACACCAAUUUUAACUACUUCAAUUAAACCCACUACCCAGACGGUACAGGUUGAAUCACAAACAUCGAAUUUUUCAGAUAUUUUAGACGUGUUGAAUACGUUGCCAACAACUCCUCGAACCACGACUCAUAAUUAUUUAUCAGAUUCACUUAAUUGGCGUUUUAUAUUUGGAGUUGAUAAUACAACAGAAAUAAACAAAAACAACCAUUGGAACAAUUGGUAUGCCGGUCCUUUUACAGAAGAGACUACACGUAAUAUUCUUGACAACACUUUACCAUAUAUUUACGAAAAAAAUCGAGAAAGAAAAUUAAAAUAUAAUUUAAAUGCCGUUUCUGUUAACGUUGCUGCCAAUGUGGCCAAAUCUAAUAAAAACAAGUUGGCUAGCUUUUUAAGACGUCGCAGAUCUCUUCAUCCACGACGCUCAAAGAAAAUUUUAGAUAAGAAAAACAUUGCAACAACAAUUCCAACAACCCUAGCAACUUCUAGUACAACUCUCACCACAAUGCAUAAUUAUUUGCAAGAUUCUGUAAACUGGUCUUAUAUAUUUGAAAAUGAUAAAACGAAAUUUACUACAACUGAACCACUAGGAACUACAAGUGUUUUUGAAUUAAUAUUACAGAAAUUUUACUGGACUUCCUUGCCUAAUGCUACUAACUCUUCAAAUACGGAAUCUGUUACGGUAUUUAAUGAACUAGCAUCCACCGAAUCUGUAAAUACUAGUACCGAUUUCCUAAUUUUAAAUAAUAAGAACCAGUCAGAAACUAAAUACAUAAUAUCCAAUUUAUCUAGAAAAAUAAGGUCGGAUUCAGAUAUAUUUUCGGAUACUUUGAAUAAACUACCUACAACCAUUCGUCCGACAACUCAUAAUUAUUUAAAAGAUUCAAUAAAUUGGACCUAUCUGAUCGGAUCACAAAAUGUACAACAAGUUAGUGAUGCAUCUCUAAAGGGGACGAAGAAAAUAUUGACCACGACUUCUGUUCUUGAUAUAUCUUUACCAGCAUCGUUCUUCACAGAAACUAAUUUAACUGAUAACUUAACAAACUCGAUAAUUUUUCGAGAUUUUUCAACAGAAGGGCCGGUAAAUAUUAGUUCCAAUUUAAAAUAUACUAGUAAUGUUACAUCUAUUCAGAAGGAAUCUGAUUUUAGAGGUAAAUUACCGUCCGAUGGGUCGAAGUUAAUUAGACGAAUCAGAUCUGCCACUAAGCGGCGUUUGAAGAAGAUUUCUACUACUACAGUCCGUAGAAGGAAACCCGAUAUUAGUAAUAGUACUACAAGUUCGCUAAUAGAAUCUAAAGUGCGCCAUUUAAUGAGCGCUCUUUUAAUUAACACUGAAGCACCAAUAGAAUCUGUAACUAGAAUGCAAGCACUGAUUCCUUUUGAGGUUCUUGAAAACGAUUUUACAAGCACAGUAUCAGAACAUCCAGAUGAAUCAUUUAAUGAUCGAUGGUUCGUUCACAGUACUACCAGUGUCUUUGAUUAUAUGCUAAAUACAUUACCAACACUGAAAUACACAACUCACAAUUAUUUACAAGAUUCUGUAGAUGUGGGUUUUAUGGAGAAGACAACUGAGAGUCCUAUCCCGUGGUAUCUUACAACUCCAGAAACAAUAGAAGAGACAACCAGUAUUCUUGAUAAAUAUAUUCCAAACUGUUUAAUGAUGGAAUCUGCUAGUGAUAAUUCUAAAUCUUUAACAAGAACGACAUCUACUACUACUACUAGUACGCCAAAACCAAUCAGUGAUUCUUCAUUAGAAAGUUUCAUAUUGGAAAGUACGACGGCAAAAAAGUUUUUAGGUCUAAUUUUGGAUUAUGACUCCGAUAUUGAUGUCGAUACAAAGUCUAGAAGUAUUACAAAAAGAAAUCUCAUGCCAUUUCGUAAUGAUAAAACGACAAUGUCAUUUGAAAUGUUAAAUAUAUUGAAAACUCUUCCAACAAAUUUCCCUUCAACUACACUUAGUUAUUUAAAAAAACCUCUUGAUUGGGAUUCUGUAACAAAAAGAGAAUAUUUACUAACUAAGAUUAAUUCAGUUACUUCAAAAUCAGAUGACAUAAAAAAUAGUUCUGUACAAUUCUCAAAAGUAUCUGCAGUACAUAAUGUAUCUCUAAAUCAUACGGGUAAAUAUAUUAAAGAUUAUUUCAACCAAUCAACGAACACAAAAACUCCCAGCUAUACCGAUAAGUUGCAAACAAAUUAUAAAACGACCCAUUAUUAUAAUACUUAUUUAAAUAAUUUGGGAGAAAUUUCCAAUCAAAUUUUCACAAAUAAAUCAUCCAAUAUGACUAUUGAAAAUUUGGAUACUGCUAAAUCUAAAUUUAAUUCUCAAGUUUCAAAAAAUUCGAAAAUUAAACCUAAAACAUCCACAGACCAUAAAUUAAACAAAAUUAUACGUAAACUAUUUUUGACUACUUCAUCUCCUUUGAAUUCCUCAUUUAAAAUUAAAUCAACUACUAAAGCAGACUCAAUGGAAGCAAUUUUAUAUUUAGGAUUAAACGAACUUCCAAAAUAUUCAUUUCAAACUUCUCAAUCAAAUUUUUCAACAAACAGUUUAUCUGGUGCUGUGUCAUAUUCCGAAUUCUCAAAUUUGUCAGACUCCGAAUUAAACAAUACUGACUCCAUAGAUACGCAAGAUAACUCUACUCAAUUAUCAACAUUAUCUCUUAUUGAUAAUUCAAUCACUCAUUCUAAUCAGAAUUAUAGCAAAUUAGAUAUAAAUCUUACAGAUAUUUCAGAAUCAGUGUCAACUUCAUCUUAUUGGUUAAAACCAACUUCUACGUUAGAAAUUCCCGAAGUAACUGAAUAUCCUGACAAAAAACAAAACUAUUUUUCAAUAUUUUUUGCAAACCUCAUUGAUUUAAUUUUAUUAGACAAACAAUUUUUAAAUAUUGAUGGUUUUGAGUUUAACACAACAUUUAUCCCAAAAUUAAAUAAUUCUAUAACUACUAAUAGACCACCUCAAAUUAAAUUUGAUUCAUCUUUAAAAUCCGUUAAUACUGAUGGUUUUAAAAAUGUAUUACCUAAUUCAACAAAAAGUAAUUUUUCUCAUGUUGUUUCUCCGUUAACUUCAGAUAACUUAAAUAUAAGUGUGCCCGCAUUACUGAUUAUUAAUAAAAAACUUGCAGAUUUAAACGCAGGAAGAUAUGAACAACCUAAGUAUUGGAUUAAUAAACGAGCUUUAAAUCUAACAUCAAGAUACAAAAGAAGUUCAGCUGUGAAAUCAGAACCUGAUUAUAUUUUUUCUCUUAUGACUACUUCAGGAGUUCCUUCGUCCUUACCUGAUUCUUCGAAAAUUCCAUUUUAUAGAGCUAGACGUUCAACUAUAGCACCUCUAAGAAAUAGAGAAAUAAAUUUUAAACGAAAUGCAAAUUCCAUUUUCAUAGAAAAUAUUACUGAAGAAUUUCCUACUAAUACGAAUUCAAAUUUUACAGAAAACUAUAAAAAAGAAAAUAUAAUACCAAAUAGCUUGAGUAAUCUAAUAAAAACUGACGCAGGAAAAAAGCAAUUUGUUAAUCGUUUUUCAAAAUGGGUACCAUUUAUAGCUAUUAAUCAAUCUUUUUCACAAUAUUUUUUUGAAAAUUCGUCUAAGGAAAAUAAAAAUAAUACACCCAGGGAAGUUACUGAUCCAUCGACAUCUGCAAGUAUUUUUCUUAAACGAAAAAAUGCAACGUCGCGUUUAAAUUUUAGACCAGCUAUUAUUAAUCAACCGAUAACUCUGAAUGUUAUUAUAAAUAAGAUGCUCCCAAAUAAAUAUAAAAGUCUAAUUAUGGGUAUAACACCUCGUUUAGCAAUAAAUACAACAACUGCGAAUCCUAUUUCACAAAAUAAUACGACGACAUUCACAGAACAUUUGUCCCUUCCGUUACCAACACGACCUGAACCAGUUGCUAUAUUAAAAAACAAUUCAAACAUUAUUUCAUAUCCAUCAAAAACAAACGAAAAUUCGUUAUUAAAUAAAUCACCGAGUUGGUUAAAUAUAUUUUCUGAAAUAGCACAAAGGACAAAUAUAACAACAUCCACGACACCAUCUAAUGGUACUUACAGUAAAUUUACAACUAUUAAUAAGACUGCUGCUAUAAUAUCAACGUUUAUUGCCUUUACUAGUAAUAUAACUAAUAUUUCUUCUAAUGAUGUAACUAUUAUGCUAACUACAAGCAGAACACCAACACUAGAUGCAGACGAACAAAUAAUUUUAGAAAAUUUACAUGAUACUGAUAAUAGAGUUAAUAAAAUUUCAAAAAAUUUUACACAAAUUAAUUCAGAUUUAUUGUUUCCUUUAAAUAAAAAAAAAAUUACAACCUUAAAUCAUACGUCCACGGUCCAAAUUUCAAAAGAUUCUCCCAAAAUCAUAACAGAUUUAAAAUCUACAACUUUAAAAAAUUCGGAUCUGUUAAUUAGUAACACAACUCAACAAACUAGCAAUUCAAAUGAGUAUGAAUAUAGUGUGGAGGGAAUAAGUUCUUCUAGCUCUUUAGAUACAUCAACAGAAUUUGCGUUAUUUGAACAAUUUUAUACCAGAAAUAACUUGCAAUCACAGCUAAAUCCUACAACUAACAAAAAAGAAGAACGUCGUGUAACUACAAAUAAGGAAAAAGAUAGCGACAUUCUAUAUAUUCCCAUUUGGCAAGGAAGCGAUAAUAUUGCUUCUACAAUUAUUACUAUUUUAAACGACACAGGCGAUGUUGGUAACAAUGAGUUGCAAGAACAAACAACGUUUGAUUAUGAAGCGAGAGGUAGAAUAUUUAGUUCUCCCAAUUGGUACGAAUCAAUCUCGAAUAACAUCAAUGUAGACAGUAAUUUACCUAAUGAUCCUAUUUUUAAUAAGCCUUUAUCUAAUUUCGAAAGUUCAACAUUACCGUCAAGUAAAUCUCACAAUUCUUACAACUAUCUUUCAACAUAUAUGUCGAAUAAAAAUAAUUUACAAUCUAAUUUACCUAUAAUUAGGACAAUCACUAGUAUGUCAAUAUUAAAUUCUACUUCAGACACACAAACAUUUCCAAAUCUAAAUUUAAGUGUUUUCUCAACGUCGAAAUUUGAUGAGGUAGAAACUGGAGAAAUUCUUAAAUAUUCAAAAUUGCCUUCCGAAGAUGCUAAAACACCGCUUAGAGAUCAAAGUCCAGAUUACGUUGGCAGAGCAUUUCUCAAGGAAGCUCCGGUACAGAGAUCUAUUUUGGGCCCAUUUGAAAGUAGAAAUAACUAUGGAAGCUUACCUACUUACCCAAAUUCGUUAAUAAGCAAAAUGUAUCAUAGAUCAACUUUAAAGCCAACCAUUUAUUUUUCAAGAUCCGACGAAAGUACAAGUCGAAAUUUAGGCCCAGUUUCAAAUUGUCCCUGGGACAAUAAAUUAUUUGACAAUUUGCCAAAAACUGAUUCACAAACAUUAUCAGAGCCGGACAAUAUAUUAUCCUCAGAAGUUUCUUCUGAAGAGUAUUCUAAACAAUCGAAACAAUUUAUACCGACAGUUUUCAAACAUACAGUUGAACCAAUUCCAAUUACGUUUAAACCAGAACGGACGUGGAGUACAAUUAAACAUUCUCCCAUUUCUAAUAAAGAAGUCCGGUAUUAUAAUCCAACCACUCAGUCUAUGCAUGGAACAAAAAAUUCAAUACCAGAAGAAUCGUUUAAAACUGAAUCUUUACCCGAUUGGUUGACAGCAAAAUACUUUAAGGCCACAACUACUAGGAGGACCAAUCCUUUGCCUAAUAAAACUUUUCGUCCAAGAGAUUCUACUAGAUGGGCGAGAGUAAAGGCAUCAAGAUCUCGACCUCUAUGGGUUUUGGUUUCCGACGAAGCACCAUCUGGAGCUCAUUCUAACAGAGUAAAACGAAGAUACAAACGAAGGGAUUUUACUAGGAAGCCAUUGUUUCAGGAAAAGAAAACCCCGUCUUUAAAAAAAGUUAUGUUGGUGUCUUUGCUCCUUUAAUGUUCUAUUUAUAGGUAUAUUUUGUUAUUUAAUUUUAUUGUAACUCUGAAAUUAUUAUGGAUUCCAAUCAAAAUGGCUACCAGUGGGUUUUAACAGGUUAUGUUAUGGCAAAAUUAUGGCAACCCUGUAGGCCUGGUCACUUGACAAGGUCAAUGAAAUAGACAGUUACAUAGAUCGAUCAUCCAUAUUUUUCAAAAUAAACAUAAGCUUAUGGCUUAAAGUAAAAAUGUACGUAAUUAAUUUUUUAUUUUAUUCAAAGGCUAGAUAUUGGUUUGUAAACACAUUUGUGCAAAAUAGAUUAUGAUUAAUGAGCACUUGCGAGGCAAUAUAGCCGCUCACAAACGACGCGCUUUGAGCAAUCUAUAUAACUAUUUAUAUAUGCAUCAUUGACCCUGUCAAUGACAACAGGUUCACAGGAUUGCCAUAUCUAAAUGUCAGUUCCCACUUGUCAGCAGUUUGACAGGUCGUUGGAAUGCCUAAUAGGUUUAAUAUUUUGUUUAUAUUUGUAAAGUAUGGAAUAAUAUAAAAUACAAAAUCACUAAUAAUUCUUAAAUCUAAAAUGUCAUUAGAUAGGUCCAUUCUUAUUUUAAUGCCCUAUUUUCAUCUUAUUACUCGUUUUCAUGACGUCAUCAUUUUCGUCAUCUUCUUAAAUAGUAAUCAUGAUACUAUAAAAAGAAGGUACGCUGAUUGAUACUACGUCACAGUGACGUAUUGUGGUGGGAAGGCGUGGCUUUUACGAAUUUUAAGCAUCAGAUUAUCAAAAAAGAGCGCGAAAAUAAAUUUUAAUCUGCCCAUGGCAAAUCAUAUUCCAUACCACAAUACGUCAUGCAUGAACUCGACGAAAUUUGGUCUGCUAAAUAUUAUACCUUGUAAUUUUUUGUAUCAUAAAAAGUAAUCACUUUAAGCAUAUUGUUAUACAAGCAGAGCUUAUUAAUUCUUUAUUACUUUAAUACAUCAACUAACGACACUCUUCUUUUUUUCCAACAUACGCCAAUCAAUGUGAAGUUUGUUAAAAAGACUGAAAAUAAUCAAUGAUUUAUGUGAAAUGUUAAUUCGAAAUUUGUUAUAUGUGAU